UAACAUCUACAAACAACGAAAAGACACAAAAUGCUAUAAUGACAGAAUUGAAAGCAUGUAAAGUGUGUGACGUCGGGCGGCAGAACUGUUACGGGAUAGCGGUAACUUCUCUGGUUCAGCUCAAAUUUAAAGGUGCUGAAGCUUUGGGGAUCAGUGCCAGUGCAUCAGUUUCAGUGGUGUUAGAAGAUGAUGGGACCAUUAUAGAAGAUGAAGAUUACUUUCAGUGUCUGCCAGCAAAUACAAAAUUCAUGCUAUUGAAUUACAAAGAAACAUGGACACCUGCCCUGCAAGGGACAGGACACCCUAACAGAGAUGAUGUGGAGGUAGAUGGACAUGAUGACGUUGAUGGGGCCGAAUCCUGGCAUAGUGUGGCAGAGCUUCUCAGGCAAAACUUGGCCAACAUUAUCCUCAUGUCUGAGGCAGAUCUACAGAGUUUGAUUGGCGUGCCAUGUUCAGAGCUGGCUGCAGCACUGGGCUUUUCACAGCAGAAAACUCGUGUCUUACAGGACACACUGCAGACAGUAGUGGACCGCAGGGAGGAGGAGAGACAGUCCAAAGAAAUACUGCAACUUUAUCUGAAAGCUACAGAGCAAGAAGGCAGUAGAAACCCACAGGAUGAAUGUGCUAAACUAGAUGAAACAGAUGGGGUGCAGGUGGAGGCCACAGCAGGGUUCAGCUCCAAAACGCUUAUGGUUCUAAAGGACAAAACACACCCCGAGACCAGACUCUCCAAUGAAGAGCUACAGAUGGUGGUGAAACAGGGACUGGAGGUUAUGGAGAAGGUGUUGGGCUGGGACAAAGAAAAGACUGCAGUGCUGGUGCAAGCUUGUGAAGCUGAGAUUAGUAAGCGUCUACGGCAGGUUCAGGCUCUGCAGUCCCUCCAUUCUCAAAGUCGCUCCACAAACAUAAGUUCACAACCACAGACUGAGAGAGAGACUCGAGCCAAACGCAGCAAAAAAACAGUCUGAAACAACAUGCAAGACAUUUUCUAUAUUGAUGGAUCUAACAGCACAAUUUAAAGAGAAAUAAAGAUCAACAUACACAUUUCAAAUUUUUUAUUAGUGAUUAUUUCUGUAGAACUCCAUAAUCCUCAGUGAACAUGUGUUUGAUGUUAUAAAGAUAUGGUUAUUUAACAGAUUUAGUUAUCGACAAGCAUGAUUAUAUUUCAAAUAGAAAGGAAUGCCUAUUAUUGAUCUGUAUUCAAUUUCAUGUUUCUCAUUGAUAGAAGUGGUCCAUUAACCCAUCCUUAUGUUGUUUGGAAGAAAACAAAACCGUUUGAAUAUAAAUGUCUGUAUCCAAUGUUUCAGUGUUAGAGCAAAACAUUGUAUUCAAUAAAGCAUUGAUGAUAUUGCUCGGGAAAGGAGUGUGUUAUUGUUUUCUGUUUUUUUCCAAGGUUCACCGACUGUCAAAUUUGAAAUGUUAACGGUUUACAGAACUUAAUAAAAAAA